AUGCCAAAUUAUGUAAAGUUCUUUAAGGACAUUUUGACCAAGAAAAGGAGACUUGGUGAGUUUGAAACAGUGGCCUUGACAGAAGUCUGUAGUGCCAUGUUGAAGAGUAAAAUUCCUCCUAAGUUGAAGGAUCCAAGUAGCUUUACAAUUCCUUGUUCUAUUGGUGGAAGAGAUGUGGGUAGAGCUUUAUGUGAUUUAGGAGCUAGUAUUAACUUAAUGCCUAUGUCUAUUUUCAAGAAGUUGGGAAUUGGAGAAGCAAGGCCAACAAUCGUCACUUUGCAAUUGGUGGAUCAUUCUAUGGCUCACCCGGAAGGAAAAAUUGAAGAUUUUCUAGUGCAAGUUGAUAAGUUCAUUUUCUCGGCCGAUUUUAUAAUUCUUGACUAUGAGUUUCCGGAUGAGGUUGAGGAAUGCUCUCGGUUGAGUGUAAUUGAGUCACUUGUAGCUGAAAAGCCUUUUGAGUCUCUAGACUUGUCGGAAGGGAAUUUCAAACCUCAUAAGCCCUCUAUUCAAGAGCCACCAAAGUUAGAAUUGAAGCCCUUGCCUAGUCACUUGAAGUAUGCUUAUUUGGGAGAUAACGAGACUUUGUCCGUGAUUAUUUCAGCUGUGUUAGGAGCUGAAUAUGAACGUUUGUGGCUUGAUGUGUUGAAGAAAUACACAAUAGCCAUUGGUUGGACCAUGGCGGAUAUUAAGGGUAUAAGUCCUUCAUUUUGUAUGCAUAAAAUCUUGUUGGAAGAUUGUUGUAAUAAUUCUGUUGAGAAGCAGCGAAGACUUAACCCUAUCAUGAAGGAAGUGAUUUCUAUUGCUCCAGAGGACCAAGAAAAGACUACAUUCACUUGUCCCUAUGGCACCUUUGCCUUUAGAAGGAUGUCGUUUGGCUUGUGCAAUGCUCCCCCUACUUUCCAACGUUGUAUAAUGGCAAUUUUCUCGGAUAUGAUGGAAAAGUAUCUUGAAAUCUUCAUGGAUGAUUUUUCAGUAUUUGGUGAGUCAUUUGACUCUUGUUUGGCUAACUUGGAAAAAUUCUUGGCAAGGUGUGAAGAAACCAACUUGGUACUCAAUUGGAAAAAUGCCAUUUUAUGCAAGACGCUAGUCGAUGCUCAAUUGAACUAUACCACCACCGAGAAAGAACUUUUGGCAGUUGUGUUUGCUUUUGACAAUUUUAGAGCUUAUCUUGUGGGGACUAAAGUGGUGGUUUACACAGAUCAUUCAGCAAUCAAGCAGCAGCUCAAGAAAUUCUUUCAUGAUGUGAGAUUUUAUUAUUGGGAUGAGCCCUAUUUGUACAAGCAAUGUCCAUAUCGUAUCAUGAGGUGUUGUGUGCCUAAAGAUGAAGUUUUGAGUAUACUAGAGCAUUGUCAUUCAGCUCCUUAUGGUGGACAUUUUGGUGGGCAAACAGCAGCUAAAGUUUUUCAAUCAGGAUGUGAUCACUGCCAACGUGUUGGAAAUAUUUCAGCAAGGAAUGAAAUGUUGUUGAAUUGCAUCCUUGAAGUGGAAUUAUUCGAUGUUUGGGGAAUUGACUUUAUGGGGCCAUUUCCACCGUCAUUCAGGAAUUUGUAUAUCUUGGUGGCAAUCGACUAUGUGUCUAAGUGGGUUGAAGCAGUGGCGAGUCCUACCAAUGAUUCCAAUGUGGUCAUGAAGUUCUUACAUAAGCAUGUUUUCACUCGCUUUGGCACUCCAAGGGCUCUUAUAAGUGAUGAGGGCACCCAUUUUGUGAACAAGAUCUUGGCAGCCUUGUUGGCCAAUUAUAGUGCGAAACACAAGAUCGCUACUGCCUACCAUCCUCAAACAAAUGGUCAAGUCAAACUUUCCAAUAGAGAGACCAAGGGUGUGGUAGAGAAAGUUGUUAAUCCUACUCGCAAGGAUUGA